GGGGAAUCUGUUCAUCCUCGAGUUUGUUGGCAUUGUCACAAACAAGAAAUUCUUGUGGUUGGAAUCGGAAAACAUGUUCUAAAAAUUGAUACCACAAAAUUUGGAAAAGCUGAAGUUUUUUCAGCGGAUGAACCUCUCAGGUGUCCUGUUGAGAGGUUGGUUGAUGGGGUACAACUUGUUGGUACUCAUGAUGGAGAAGUGACUGAUUUGUCAAUGUGCCAGUGGAUGACCACUCGAUUGGUAUCUGCUUCUGUGGAUGGCACGAUUAAGAUUUGGGAAGACCGGAAGCCACUACCAAUUGCAAUUCUCAGGCCUCAUGAUGGUAAUCCUGUUAAUUCAGCUACCUUCCUGACUGCUCCACAACGCCCAGACCACAUCAUACUCAUCACUGGGGGUCCACUUAAUCGAGAAAUGAAGAUAUGGGUAUCAGCUAGUGAAGAAGGCUGGUUGCUUCCUAGUGAUGCUGAUUCAUGGCACUGUACACAAACA